AUGGCAAAGGAAAUUUAUUCUAGUAGACUUUUCUUUGAGAUCUUCACCAUUACUGCAUGGAAUAUUUGGAAGGAGAGAAAUAAAUUCAUCAUCAAUCAAAUUACUCCUUCAAAUAGAGCUUGGUUUGAGAGGACUAAGGCUGACCUUACCUGGCUUAGAUAUAGAGUGUCCCCUGAUCUCAGUGAUUAUAUCACUUCUUUUGUAAAUUCACUUUAG